AUGGCAGAAAUGAGGAACCGAAAUGAGAAGCAGAAAAUCAUCUGGGGAACAAAAUCAUAUAAGACUAACUGAGGAACAUGAGGUGGACAGAUUGUUCAUCUUUAACUGGAUUUAAUAAUCGGUCUGUACUUUUUGUCAAGUCGGUAAGUUUUCUUCACGAGUUUGAUACGUUUUUAAGUGAAUGCCGGAAGCGGUAAAGUGGCGGCGCGGUGCGUUAUUGAUCGACGUUGCGACGUUUAUUUUGGGCUGAGUACAGAUUGGUGUUACCUAAUUUAUUUCCUGAGUAAGAUUAACAUCUCCUGUCGCGUGUGUACGGUUACAUCCAUUUUCAUUAGUAUUUCAAUACGUUUAACGUAACGUUUAAGUGCGAGAUCCACUCACGUGAAUGUUCCUGUUUGUCCGGUAGAUUUUUUGGGGGGGGGUUUGUUCGUGGAGGUGGUGACACAUAACGAAGAUGGAGGAGUGCAAAAUGAGAGUUGGUUCUCUGAGUGAACAAGUCCUGAACAGUCUGUCGAAGAUGUUGGACAACCCCACCUGCGGAUGGAGGCAGCUCGCCAAUGCUGUGUCCGAGCAGCCGAAAUUCCGCUGCAGGUCUUCUGGGCCCUCCCCUGCAUGUGGCCCCCAUUACUGUCAGCACCAGACUAACACUCAUUGAACUCCCUCCCUGCAGUGAGAGCGAGCUGACCAGCUGCUCACUACAGGUGCUGAGCGCUGCAGGCAGUCCAGGACGAACCCUCCUGGCCCGGCUUGCUGAUCGUUCCUGCUCCAUGGACUUCCUGCUGCUCUGCUUGAGGAAGAUCGACCACCAGGAAGCUGUGCAGUACAUCACCACAGUAGUAGUGGCCGAGCUGAUCCAGAUCACAGUGCAGCCACAGACCCAGCAGGCCACAGUGGGCGGCCGUGUGGUGAUGACCUGCAGAGCCUCCGGUCCCUCUGGACUCAGCUACCAGUGGUUUAGAGGCAAAGAGGAGAUUUGGGAUGAGACAGGGAGUACACCAGAGCUGGUUCUGUGUCCUUCAGCCCCGGGCCACCAGGGUCCAUAUAUCUGUCGGGUCCACUAUGGAGGAAACUUUGUCUUCUCCCAGUGGGCUCAUGUUCGCUUUGUCCAGGCUGCAGGUGCCAGUCCAGGUUGCAGCAGCACUUUGUUUCCAGGGUCAGUGAGUGGGCUGCAUGUCAUCCGUCAGCCUCAGUCCAAAGCAGUGUCUGAGGGCGACACUCUGUUCCUGGAGUGCAAUGCAGAGGCCAACCCUCCCGCGCAGUACGAGUGGCACCACAACAUGGUGCCCAUGACGCAACAAAAGACACGUUCACUCAAGAUCCCCUGUGUGACCACAGCACACAGAGGGCAGUACAAGUGCAAGAUGUUUAACUUGUAUCACGAGGCGUGGAGCGACACAGCGACAGUCACCAUCGGCCCCAGUUCCAUCACUGAUGCAUCCUGGGUAGAAGUUGAACGUGGUUUAGACUCACAGGAAGUCCACAGAUUCAGACCUGGAAAAUAUCCACUGCAACAGACGGUCAAUCCGCCCCCGUCAGCCAGACAUUUCUAUGCCACAGACAAAGUUGCUCUCCUGAUUGGCAACAUGAACUACCUCUACCACACUCAGCUGUGUGCUCCCAUCGUCGACGUCCACGAGUUAACAAACCUGCUCAGACAAAUGGACUUCAAGGUGGUUUCCCUGCUCGACCUCAACUGGCAGGAGAUGCACAGCGCUGUGACAGAGUUCCUCUUGCUGCUUGACAAAGGAGUCUAUGGCUUGCUGUACUUUGCUGGUCAUGGUUAUGAGAAUUUUGGCAACAGUUUCAUGGUUCCCAUCGAUGCGCCGGCCUCCUACACAUCCGAGCACUGUCUGUGUGUACAGAAUAUACUUACCAGGAUGCAGGAGAAAGAGACCGGACUUAACGUUUUGCUGCUGGACAUGUGCCGCAAAAGAAACCUGAAUGAUGAUGUCAUCGUACAACCAGGACUGCUCAAGGUGACAGCAAAUAUAGUGUUUGGAUAUGCCACAUGCGUAGACGCUGAAGCAUAUGAAGUGAAGAGGGAAGACGUGUCAAAUGGCAUCUUCAUAAGCUUCCUUAAACGGCGGGUUUGUGAAGACGAGAAGGUCACCGUCAUGCUAGACAGAGUGGCCGAAGACAUGGGUCGUUGUGAGAUUACACGAGGGAGGCAGGCUCUGGAGCUGCGCAGUAAUCUGUCUGAGCGGCGUUCCCUCACCGACCAGAUACAAGUGUCUGACUGCUCUGCAUCCCACUCAGCUCGAAACCUGCAGUGGGUUAUUGCUCACGUCCUACCACAGAGCCGCUGCCUGCAGUUUGACUGCGGGGUGAAGGUUCAGCUUGGGUUCGCUGCAGAGUUUUCCAACAUCAUGGUCAUCUACACUCGGAUACUUGAGAAGCCAGAAGAAAUAGUUUCCUGCUGUGCUCAGCUUACUGACUUCCCUGGGGAUGUGGACAUUGAUCUGAAGAAGAGUAACCAGGACACUCUGCUUGAAGCCGGCAGUUUGUUAUUGAUAAAGGAAAAUCUUCCUUCGCCGGAGGUCCCCAGUCUCUACACACGCAUCCGAUGCCUGCAGAGACUCAGGCGGGAGCUCACAUUCACCAUCUGCCUUCAGUACACAUAUUCCAACAUGGAUGAAGAUGUACAGGAAAGGCAACCAGUGACAGUUGGUAAACCUCUGGUCUCCAAACUCAACCUGUACGAGCCAAGACCGCCUCGCGCCUGCUCUGCCUCCUCAUCCUCCAGCCUCGACUCCUUCAACGAUCCUGAGUGCUCCUCCUUUGCCUCAGUUGGGUCAGCCUCAAAUGAGUGGUCAUAUCAUGCUCAAACUGGCAGAGAAUCCUCCUCCAUUGACUCUCUAACUUCAUCCAGAAGAGCCAAUAUUCCAGAGGAGACGGACAGUCCUGAAUUAUUUGAUGCCCCUCAACCUCUUGUUGCCAGCAAAAGCUUGCCCCACGGCCAAGUAAAUGACACAAACUACAAAUUUAGUGACAUGUACAAUUUCCAUUCUCACUAAGCAUUAUGAAACCUUUGAUUAAACCAUUUCACACGGUUAAAUUAGAAGUACAAAUAAACCAAAAAAAGUGAAACGAUGGGGAGACAAGCCUGUGAAUUCACCAUUUCAGUAAAUCUGACCCAGAACUCAGAUCAUUGUUGUCAAGUGUUACCAGCUUCUGAACUAUGCAUUAAGUUGUCGUGAUGUUUUCUAAAGAUUUUUUUUACAUGAAUGUUAUACAAUAUAAUGCAUUGAAAAGUAAACAUCCUGCAGAUAAAGUUAGAUAUGUGUUCUGUUUGUAAGAAUAAAUCAUAUAUGAAUUGUAUAAACGGU